CUGCUCUGGUCUAAGCUGUGUGACUGAGUAAGAUUUUAUACUCAAGUCUUUACCACUGAUCACCAUGGCUACAACCUUUUCAACACAGAGCUCCAGGUUCAGUUCUUCUGGUUCUCUCUUAGGGCCAUCUUCUAGUUCUACACGGAUUUCUAAAGCCAGUUUUGGAGGUUUGAAUGCCAGACCACCCAGUGUCUACGGUGGAGCUGGUGGUCUAGGCACACGGAUCUCUGUUGCUUCUCCUGGCCUGGCUCGAUCUCCUGUAUUUGCAUCAAACCUAGGAAAUGUGCUUAAUUUUACAUCAGGCAGUGGUUAUGGUUACAGUGCUGGAGUUCAUGGAAUCUAUGGAACUAAUGAUGCCAUAAUUGCCAAUGGCAAGGAAACAAUGCAGAAUUUAAAUGAACGUUUGGCUGCAUAUCUAGAAAAGGUACGCUCCCUGGAAUCUAAAAACAAACAGCUUGAACGCCAAAUCCGAGAAUGGUAUGAGAAAAAACCUCCUGUCCGUCUGGAUGUAAGUGGUUAUGAAAAGACUAUCGCUACUCUCCGAUCACAGAUUAAUGCUGGAACUCUUGCAAACUCCAGAAUUAUCUUGCAGAUAGACAAUGCCAAGCUAGCAGCUGAUGACUUCCGAAUCAAGUAUGAGUCUGAACUUGCCAUCAGGAAGAGUGUUGAGGCAGACAUUAUUAGUCUGCGGAGAGUGCUGGAUGAGCUCAACUUGAGCCGUAGUGGUUUGGAGAUACAGAUUGAUACCCUGAAAGAAGAGCUGGCAUACCACAAGAAAAAUCACGAAGAGGAAAUGGAAUCUUUGAAAGGUAAAUUAGGUGGGCAAGUGAAUGUGGAAGUUGACACAUCACCUUCCACUGACCUACACAAGAUAAUGGAGGGGAUCCGAAAGCAAUAUGAAGAAAUUGCGGAUCAAAAUCGUAAAGACGCUGAAGCCUGGUAUAAAGACAAGUUUGAAGCAUUGAAUCAAGAAGUGUCUAUUAACACUACAGCCCUCAAUACUAGCAAAAAUGAAGUCACUGAGCUGAAACGUACAAUCCAGACACUGGAAAUUGAACUGCAGUCCCUCAUCAGCAUGAAAGGUGCAUUAGAAGGCACACUUCAGGAAACCCAGAGUCGUUAUGGUACGCAGCUUCAGGGCCUACAGGCAAAGAUCAAUACACUGGAGGGAGAGCUGAGCCAACUCAAAAUGGAAAUGGAGAGGCAGGGUAAUGAGCACAAAAUCCUGCUGGAUAUCAAAACAAGGCUUGAGAAGGAGAUUGAGACCUAUCGACGCCUACUGGAAGGAGAGGAUAUCAGACUUGAAACCAAAAACAGUCCAAAGAAAGAACCUGUCUUAAGUAGGAAGGUCAAGACAAUUGUGGAAGAGUAUCUGGAUGGAAAAUGUGUCUCUUCUCAUGUUGAGGAAGUUCGGGAGCAGAUGUAACUUCAUAUCUCCUAGUCCUGGUGUUCUGCAGUCAACAAAUGAAUCUAUUAUAAUUAUAUAUCUUUGGAAUACUUAGUUUAUAGGGUCAAAAGCAUUGGCAGUUUAUAGAGAAAGUAAUGUUAUAAUAUCUGAAUAAGGAGAAGCAUUUUCUUUUAAUUUUUGAGGCCUGACGUUCUUACUUAAACCUAUAGAGGUCUUACAUACUUGUUAUCAACACAGCAUAAUAGGCAAGAAAGUCAAUUAAAUGUAUGAAAUAAACAUUUUAUCCUAUCCUGCAUAACCAGCCUGUAAUGUGACUGUCGCUGAUAUAUUACCAUGCAUCAGUCCAGCCUUUCACUGUACCAUAAUAGUUGCAAUAAUAAUUGCACAAUUUAUAUGAAAUAUAUUAUAAAAGGUUUGGAAAACUUACUAAUUUUUCAUGUUGUGAAAUACAAAUGUUAGAGUCCUUUUUUGAAACUGAGUGUUAAAACUAGCACUUCUUGGACAUCAUAGGCAAUGUGUGCUUAACCUGACAGUGAAUACACUUGAUUUUCAGAGCAAUCAAAUUGCAUGUCCAGUUUACUAGAACACUCAGAUCAGCAAACAUUUAAGGAUAUUUUUGGAUGGAUGUUAAUUACCUGGCUAUUUAGUCUUCUCAUGUUUCUAAAUAUCAAAUACAGAUCUUAAAUCACUGGCAGGCACGUACUCUCCAUAGCUGCAUAAAUAUCCUAAAGUAUCUAACGUAAAUUCUUGAAACUCUCCACAAUUUUUGAGGAUGCAUUCUUUGUGGGGUGGCUGUUGCAUCCAUCUAUCAGUCAUCAUUCAGGAAACACACAAACACAGACAAACACAAACACACGCACACCUACACACACAUUCACACAUCCCCACAUGCUUGCUAGAUGUACCUGCACUGUGGAUGCUUCCAUGAAUUUAUGACCACCAUCUUUUGAUGGUACUCACUUUUCCUCUAACCAUGAAGUUUUAUGUGGCCAAGCAAUUAAUUGCUUUGCAGCAUAAAUUGGGAGCCACUGGCAUUUCUGGGAAAUGCACAUAAUUAAUAUUUAGUCCUUCAACUGGAUUAUCACAUUAUCAUGCAAUUCUGCCCAUGAGACCUCCAACUGUGCUGAGACCCCCACUACUGGAAAACCUCAGAACUAGGGGGGGGGGUCUAAGAAUUGAAAAGGCUUACCAUGAGGGUGAAAAGGGUCAUAUUAAGGCUUUGUCAUCACGGUUAGUCUUUAUGGAUUCCACCUCUCAUUCUCUUCUAUUGCAUCUCUCUUUCCAUUCCUCAUAAGAAUAGAUAAAUAACUAUAAUUAAUCUUUAUAUGGAUUCUGUUGCAGGCCUUAUGCAAUUUUUAAUUUGUAUUAUGCAAGAUGUUAUGAAGCUAGAACUUCCAAAACCAGUGGAAUUUCACUUCAGAAAGUUAAGAUGUUCCUUAAUGAAUUGUGUUACUGAAACAAAUCACUCACCUAAUGUUAUGUGUGCUUCCAUGCAUACUUGAAUAGUUGUAUUCUUCAGCUAUAGCACAUAAGCUGAAUAGUGGGUUCACAUUGUCAAUACUUGUGAUACAUGCCAUCACACCUUGCCUCUGCUAGCCAUCUUUCAUGCUUAAAAUUGAUCUGCCAUCCCUCUUCCUUAAAAGUGGUGGGCUGGCUUCAACUGGUCAUUCCUCUUUAUCUAAACAAGCUGUUCCAGCAUCUGGGUCACUGCUCAAACCUAGGCCAUCUUUGCUGCAAUCAUAGCUUAUCUCUCUGCGCAACAGAGCCAACACUUAAGAGAUUUGUUUGGGCAGGCUGGCAUGCAAAUGAAUAAAAGAUCAGUAUUUAUCACCUGAUAAGGGCAACAGAAAUGAAUUUCUUUAUGAAUAUUGUAGGUUUAUAGUAGGUUCAUAAGUUUAUAGGAGGUUACUAAGCUAAUGGCCCUAAGGCCUUUACAAGCAUAGCCAUGUUAUACCUGUGUUCCCUAGUUGACCUGGGUUAGAUGGUCAUUAAUCACAGAGUGAGUCUAUGAUCAGCACUCACUGCCCUGUCCAUGAGGGACAUAGGUGCCACCCCCAGGGUGAACGUACGAUGUCUCAUCCAAUUGUCUAGGUUGCACUUGAAUAGGGAUAUUGAGGAGUUCUCCUUCACAUGCAGUGGAGUUUAUUCAACAGGAGUGGCAAUCACUGGGAGAUAUAUCUGUCUCUCCAGCAUGUUCUGUUAAUGUCACAGGCUAGUUUGAGAUCCCUGGAGCAAGUUACCAUUGUCCCAUUUUAUUUGCUUUUGUGAAGUACUUCGAUUAGAGCAGGGUCAGAGACUUGUUCCAUAAGCUAGGCACAAGUUGCCUCUUAGCAGCCUGUAGGAUACAGAGCACAGUCUCAGGACUUUCAGACUUUCCAUGUAGGUCAUGUUUUGAAUGACCUGAAUUUUCUUGGUGAGAAACCUCUGUGGUCUCCAGCUGCUGCAGGUGUCUGGUGAGGUACAUGUAAAAGGAAGCAUUCUACUCUGUUAGUGGUCUGAUUAAGGUCUAGUACAAAGGAGGUAUAGCAUCCUUAUUCUUGGAUGUGAUGCCCUUACUUAUGAGAUGCACAACUUAAAAGGCUUUCCUUACCACUAUGGAUACAUGGUGAUCAAAGUUUGGAUUGCUAUCAACCUGUGUUCCCAAAUCUUAUACCAUUGUGUUUGAGCUUAUGGGGGGUUGCUGUCAAUAUUGUAGUUUGCAGGGAAUUCAUCUUUGCCAAAGGGGAUAAUAAUGCACUUUUUACUUUUAGUUCAUGGCUUUGGCACCAAUCAUUUGUCUGUUUUA